AUGAGUUUACCUCUCAACCCAAAGCCUUUCCUGAACAGCCUGACAGGAAAACCUGUGAUGGUGAAACUGAAGUGGGUGGAGUAUAAAGGCUACCUGGUGUCUGUGGAUGGAGACAUGAACAUGCAGCUUGCAAACACAGAAGAAUACGUCGAUGGAGCAUUGGCAGGACAUCUUGGUAUCCUCAUCAGAUGCAACAAUGUUUUAUACAUCCGAGGUGUAGAAGAGGAAAAAGAAGAUGGAGAAAUGAGGGAGUGA